UCUUACAGAUUCCGGAGACAAUGGGAGUGAGAGAAUGCCAAGUAGCUGGCAAAUUUCUUGUAAUCAACGAACUUGAAGACGUGUACGACUCUGUCACGGGUCGAGCACUCACCGGGUCAUGGGUCUGGGGCUCGGCCCUGGUCUUGUCCGAGUGGAUGGCCACGAAGGGCCGAGACCUGUUCCACUUCCAGGACAAGACCGUCCUCGAGCUCGGCGCCGGCGUGGGUCUCCCCGGCUUGACGGCGGCUCUGCUCGGCGCGAGCCGAGUCGUGCUCACCGACACUGCGCCGCUCGUCCCUGCGCUGGUGAAGAACGUGGAAGCUAACGGACUCCAGGACCGAGUCGAAGUGAGGGAACUCGUCUGGGGGUCGGACGAGUUCCCGAGUCGACCAGGAGACUUGGGCGAGUUCGACUUGGUUUUGAUGUCGGACGUGUUCUACGACGCCGAGGAGAUGGCAGGGCUGGCGAAGACGCUGAAACGAGUGUGUGGGAAAGAGACCGUUGUUUGGGCGGCGAGCGAGGUUCGUCCAUGGACCGCUGAGUGCCUCAGCGUGUUGGCGUGUCAGGGUAUUGGAGUCGUUGAGUGGCCGAGUCCACUCGGUCGAGAAGAGGGUUUGGAUUUGUCCGCCGUUUUCCAUCUGAUUCUACCGAAUGAGGAUACCGACGUGGAAGCCAUGGGUCGCACCUUAUUCCUGAAAAAACUGAGGAAGCUUCAGGAACAUAGAAAAUCAGAUUGUCCUCCCACUCUCGGGCUUUGUGAAGAAUGAACAGGCAAUAUUCUAUUAGCUGCGCAAAGGCACGUGUGACAUCUCAGUAUGACAAUAUUUUGUGUACUCCUAUAAUAGGC